AUGGACCAGAAAACAAGUGCUCCAGAACAGCCACUGCAGGCUCUUUUAGACCAUCAGAGAGAAACUCAGAAAUUGAGAAUGCAAGUAAAGAAAGAAAUUAAACUUGCCUGGGAACAGUGGAACGGUGGUACUAGUUUGAGCGAUUAUGAGGAAGUUUUGUUAAUUGAAUCAGGAUUCAAAGGCUUUCCUGGGCUAUAUGAACACACCCAGGAUGCUUCUAUACCUUUCAAAACUUAUCUUUACGAUUGCUACUAUAUGAAAAAGUGUGAUGUUGUAAACAUCAUACGAUCUGCAUUGCGACAAGCAAUCUGUAUGAGAACUCCUUACACGUUCUCUUCUCUAGAAGUUGUAAUCGACUUGUACAAACAAUUGAAUAUUCAUAGAGCUACGACAAUUAUCUUCAACUACUUUGAAGAAUUGAUUGAAGACUACUUAAAAGACGACAGUAUUGCUGCCAUUGUGAACCAUGUUGCUCGACACAAAUCCGGUAUCCCAUAUGAGUUGACUGGCUCAGAUUUACAGUAUUGCAAAACAUUGGAUUCGAUGCUUGUUUUAGAAUUUCAAAGUCUCUGCAAACACCCCAUAAUUGCUAAAAGGUAUUGCUAUUAUAUUGGUAAACAAUAUCAAAAUGUAAUGAUUGACAAGAAGCCAUUUAAUUACGAAGCCUCAUACUACGAAAGCAGAUUAGAUGAUUACUAUUUUGAUGCUAUUAAUUCACAAGCACCACAAUUAAGAAAAAGGAAUGUUUAUUGA